CGUCCGUCAUCCUCGUCAGUCUAAACCGAACCAUCGAACUAACAACACCGAAUUUCGUACACAAACAAUGGUAUUGUCAAUGGAACGCUGGGUAGGCAAAGCUGCCGUUGUAACUGGAGCUAGUGCUGGCAUUGGAGCCGAAAUUGCCAAAAAGCUAGUAGAAGAAGGUUUAAAAGUUGUUGGUCUCGCUCGUCGUUCCGAACGCGUCGAAGAGCUCUCCAAACAGCUCCAAGACAAAAAGGGCAAGCUGUACGCCUACAGAACCGACAUUUCCAAAGAAGAAGACGUUCUCCAAGCUUUCAAAUGGACAUCAGAAAACGUAGGUCCCGUCCACAUUCUAAUCAACAACGCCGGAAUUAUCCAACAGACGAAUCUAACAGAAGGUGACACAGACAAGUGGAAAAAAAUUUUCGACACGAAUGUCCUCGGUUUGUGCAUUGCAACAAGAGAGGCCGUCAAAAUCAUGAAAGCGAAUCAAAUCGAUGGUCACAUUGUUCACAUUAAUAGUGUGGUAGGUCAUACCGUGCCCAAUUAUCCGGGGCAGAAUGUGUAUCCAGCGUCCAAGUACGCCGUCACUGCUUUAACGGAAACACUGAGGCAAGAACUUAAUCACUUGGAACUUAAAAUUAAGAUAACGAGUGUUAGUCCUGGUGUAACUGACACAGAGAUUUUGGAAUGUAAUGAUUUUGAUGUAAAUCCAGAGGACUGGAAAGGUAUACCGUACUUGAAAGCAGAAGAUAUUGCGGACGGUGUGAUCUAUGUAUUGUCUACGCCACCACAUGUUCAGGUGCACGAGUUGACAAUUAAACCAGUUGGAGAACAAUUUUAGUUUAACACAUUUGUAUGAAAUGUAACUACUAGAGCAACCACGGAAAUUUGUUUAAAAAAAAAAUGAUAUCUUGUAUAUAUAGAAUAAUUAAUUUAAGAUAUAUUUCAUCACAACGUCAAAAGUUGAACGUUGGGCAGAAAAACAAAAUUAACAGUAUUAUUUAUGAGUUAUCAGUAUUAUUUUUUCAGCAGGUACAUACCUGGGACUUCGUUACACCAUACGUCAUUAUACGAUGUUUUUAUUUUGGGAGUAUUCAUUUUAUUUUCGAUUUUUGAAGUAGUCAACACUGACGAAAUAUCAUGAUGAAGUCAUCUUAAAUUUAUAAAGUUCCAUGGUCCUUUAUUUGUGAUUUAAUUAUGUAUCUAUAUUAUUAUUUUUAAGUAUAUAUGUGAUUUAUUGUAAUAAAAAUUUAAUAGUUAUUUAUGCAACAAGUGAGUAAAGUGUUUUUUUUUUAAGAUUUGUCACACGAACUGAAGGCCGAGCAGAAAAAGUAACUUUACUCCCGACUUGCAUAUAAAACUGGUUUCACAUUCGUAAUAAAAAUCAAGAACUACCUACUUCAAAAGCAGCCCUCCAUUUCAAAAAUAAGUCGUACUCUUUUAAACUCUGGCUCUUGGAUUUUUCCGGCAGGAGCUUCAAUGUGGCCGUACUUUCCGCCUUAAUAAUUUCGUCAAAAGUGCACGAGAAAUGUUCAUGGAUGUCCGAUUUCAUUGAGCGAGCACACAAAGUACCACAAAACACUGAGAAACUAAUACAAAGUACUCAGAAAAGAACUAAAUUACAAAAUUUUUCAAUGAGUUCUAAUUUCUGACAAAAGUGUUGAUCG